CUGAGCUCUAACACCGGAGCGUAAGCGCUCAAACACUCAGUGUCAAUUCGUCACUCGAAGGAAAAGGUGCGUCGCGAUACUCCUCUCAGAUGGCUGCAUUGUGGUUGCUAUUGGUCUUGCAACUGAUAUGGACAGUGGACAGUGGGAAGCUGGUGUUUCCUGAAGGCACUGAUGUGGGCUACAUUGUACCAGAUAAACGGGCUCGAACAACUGAGGAAGAGGACUGGUUGAAUGCCCUUCAGAAAGAGGGCUUUGGUGGGUCCAUACUUCAGAGAGGGGAACGUGAGGCUCUCAAUGAGGUUGAGGAAGCCCUCUGGCGUACCAUUGAAAACAGUGCCAGGUUGGCUCGUCAGCAGGAUUUCAGAGCUGAUGACAGGGAACCACAGCCUGAUCCAAUAGAGAACUGGCAUGGCAAAUGGUUUCCUCAUGCCCCUAAAGAACUCAACAGGGAUAGCAGCAGUGGCAAUCCAGAUACGCUUCCUGAAGAACUAAAGGAUGACAAGCAUGGUGUGGCCAUGGGUAUUCCUCAUGUUGAGUGUGAUAAUGCCAAGAUUAAUCUUACCAUGGACUGGGACUUUUCACCAGUCAACUACACCUGCUUUGACCCCAAAAAGCAUAGAAUUCCAGUGUUGGCUGACUUGAAAUCAAAAGAGACAUGUGUUGACAUCCCAAAGGGCUACUCUCCACAGCAUUUGUGCAUGAACACGCCCAUUGAAUACAACACAACUCUGCCAACUUUUGGGUCUCAUCGCCCUAUCUGGCCUGUCUACGGAGAAUACAAGUUUGUUCCUAUUCAGCGAUGGCUUCACACUAUUGAGCAUGGAGGGAUUGUGAUGUUAUAUGACCCAUGUGCAGAGCCAGUGCUUGUGAAUCGUCUUCGCAAAUUAGUAACUGGUUGCUUUCGGAAGCAUGUCAUCACUCCAUACACCUUGCUAAGUAGGGAGAGGCCCCUGGCACUUGUUGCAUGGGGAUGCAGCCUUGAGAUGGCAGUGGUGAAUGAUGAGGAGGUCAAGACAUUCAUCAAGGAACAUGCACUUCAUGGGCCUGAAGGACACUAUGCCAAAGAUGGAGGAUACAAGGAAGGACUCCUCAGGAAGGCGGAGUAUCCUCCAGGUGCACAGGAAAAGGACUCUAACAUUUGCCCCUAGGAAUCAAGAAUCUGUCAUUCCAGUUUUUGAAGUUCUGAUGAUAAAGGAGUUUGUAAGUUUUAAGGUUUACAGCAUAAUUAAAAUUUGUCCUUGCUAUCUGAGAACUGAGUAUUGAUAUUUACAGUAUUCAGUAUAGGGAAGAUAUGAUCAUAUGUUAUGUAUCACAAAGUUAGAGAUUGCAUAAUAAUUUUUAUGAAUGGAUUUAAUAUUUUUGUGCUUAAUUUUGAUAUUUAGAAGCUUGAAUAUGAAUAGUUGUUUUUCAUAAGUAGAAAGUGAUUAAAAGGUAUGAAAUAUUGCAUGAAGAAGCUCAUCAAAGAAACUAUGUAUUUUCUUUGUGGGCCUAGAUAUACUUUUUUAAAAUUUUGAAAUAAGAGUAAGAGAAUGAUGUUCAGAAUAACUUAAAAUUAUCUGCUGCAUUAUGAUUUGUUAUUUAUUUUUACUACUUGUCAAGUAGAUUUACAGUCAGGAAAGUUCAGAAGUCUAGUUAUGGGUUUUAACCAAACAUUUUUUUAUUUCAAGUAAGUGAAAUAUGCAUGCAGAAGUUUUAGUUAGUAUUUCAUAAAAGUGGAAUUUUGCAUUAGUGUCUGUAUUCAGAUCUUUGAAAAGCAAAUAUGUAUGUCCAUUACACUGGUUCCUUGCAUCCUUGGAUAUGAUGCACUUUUGUUUGCUCAGACAGUUUUUGAAAACAAUUACUCUCUGUGCAUAUAUAUUGAUAUCUUGGUGACCUUGAGUCACUACAGUGGAAAAGUAUAUUUUUGAUUGGCAUUAAGGAAGACAUGGCUUCUUCAUUGAAAAGAAAAAUGUAUUUUGAUUGCCUCAACAUUUUCUAAAAGCUUUGCAUUCCUGGAACUCAAAGCUGCUCACAAAGUAAGUAAGGAAGCAAGAAAAAAGUUGCCAUGAAAAUAAUAAUAUAGUGCAGGUUUUACAUGAUUUAUCUGAUAGGUUAGGUUAGUGGAAGAGUGAAAUCUGAAUAGUUUAGUAGGGAGUUUUUAGCAGUAAAUGCCAGUUGCAUUUGACUGUAAGAAGAAAAUUAGAAAUUAGGAUUUUAGUAAUACCUAUAUAUGAUCUGUCUCUCAUUUAGAUCUGAUUUUUUGAACAGAGUAAUAUAUACAUCUUUAAUUAUUUGAUUAAAAUGUUUAUAUGCAUUUUUUUUUGUUAACAAACAGGUCUGUGAUUCCAGAGAUGAGUUAGAAAAAAGUUAAUAUUUGAUGGGAAUUAUUUCAUUAUAUUUUGUGCAUUUAAUUGCUUUUUAGGGGUUAAAACUGGUGUUGUGACCAAGGAGAAUAUAAUGUGCUUUAAUCAAUUUUAGAUACUUAUUGGUCAUCUUUUAAUGAGAAUAUAAAAUCUCAACAAGGUUUUACCUUAGUUGCCAUUGCAUAUUGUAAAGUAGAUGAUAAGGUAACCUUUUGAUAAUAAGGGUUUUUCUUUCAAAGUGUAAAAGGUUUGGCAUAAUGAUCAAGGACAGAAAUCCAUUAAUAGUAUGUUGGAUGAGGGUGAGGUACAGAGUUGUACAGAGGGAUUGGGUGUGAAAUGGGUAAGGAUUCAUGGUAUGGGGCAUGAGGGUUAAUGUGCUGACUUCCAUAGGGUGGAGACACUGCAUUAGAGGAAGUGAAAGGUAGUUCUUAUUCACAAAUGUUUGUAUAUGGCAAUUGGUUAUUAAUGUUAUACUGUAUGUUCUUAAUGUAAAGUAUUUACUUAUAGUGAAAUUAUAGUGUUGGUGCUUGCAAUAUCUGAAUUAAUAGCAUAUGAUUUGAGUCAAUUUUCCAGGAAACCAAGUUAUGUGCAUCAUUUUUAAAGGGGGGUGAAAAAUCUUCUUGACAAUCUAAGUAUUUUUAUAGUCUCUUACUGAUUAACAGGAUUAGAUAAAGGCAGCAGCUGGUGAAACCUGCUUUUUAACUCCUUUUUUGCAUGGCAUUGAAAGCAAAUCUAGAAUAAGGGACAUGUGUAUAAUGCUUAAGUGGUAGCUUCAUAGAUGAAUUUUGAAAGAGAAAAACAUUCAUAAACAUUUUGUGAUAAACAGUAGACUUAAAGCUUUUGUAAGGUAGUUUGAUUACUGUAUAUUGGUAGUGGGUCUGCUGAAUAAUAAAUGAAUAUCAAUAUUUGAAAAUCACUUACCAAAGAGGAUGAAGGCCUGUAGUGGAUAGUGUGUUGUAUUUUUGACUCACUACCAUUAAUCAGUUAUAUUGACUAUUAAGGUUAUUAGUUUCCUGAGGAGAGGAAAAUGUGGAAUCUAGUAUGGAUGGUCUGGAAUGAAGAACUUUAAAAUUAUACUUAGCAAGCUUUUCAGUAAUUUGAGUAUGGUGUGUGUGGUGCAUACAGUGUGUGCAUGCAUGUGCAAGCAUGUGUGCAUUUUUGCACAUAUGGUUUUGUGUGUGUGUGGGGGUGUGUGGGUGUGGAUGUGGGUGUGGAUGUGGAUGUGGGUGUGGGU